ACGUUGUAGUGUGUGUUUGACUUUUCUUCGGCGUCGAGGAUCGUCGUGCGCGUCUGGUUGAUCGUUUCGCGUUGGGUUUGUUCACGAUUCUAUAGACGAUUACUUUUUCUACUUUCGCUUCUCAUAUACGAUGAAUCAAGUGUAUCCUCCUGCGCAACAACAGCAUGGAACUCUGGGAUACGCUCCCCCUCCCCCGUAUGGCAAUCAGACGCAGUAUGCGGUCCCGCAACAACCAACAUAUCCGGCACCGACGACGUAUCAGCAGAGUCACGUUGGCGGUCAAGAAAAGCAGCAAUAUCAAGUGAAUGCGGUCCCGAUAGCAGCGACGCAGACACUCUCGGCACCUCCUGGAUACCAGACCGCUCCUGGAUACCAGACCGCUCCUGGAUACCAGACCGCAAGCGCAACACCACAUACUCAACAGUAUGCCGGCGCACUGCCGCAAGCACAUCAACAACCGCAGCAAUACGUGCCUCCACAGCAGGCGAUGACGCCUCAGCCUCCUCCGGCAUACCAGCAACAGGUCCAAUACGGGCAACAGCCUACGAUGAACCCAGGCCAACAACAGCCUGUGAUGACGCCAGCCCAGCAACAGGCUGUGAUGACUCCAGCCCAGCAACAUCAAGUCCAGCAAUUCAUCUCGCACAUGCCGCCAGAGAAGCUCCAAGCCAUCCAACAAAUCGCCCAGCAACAGCCCAUCUUCUCCCCUCCGCCCACACAGCCCAACGCAGCCCCUCCGCCCAACUUCGUCUCGACCGCGCCGGCCGGCCUCUUCGGCGCCAAACAGACCGGCCACGGCCACGGCCACAAACACGACCACUCCAAGGACGCCCAGCAGACGGGCAAAGUGCAACGCUUCCUCGGCGACACGCUCGUCGGCCGCUUCGCCCGCGCAUCGGUGCAAACCGCCACCUCCGUCGCCAAAAUGCCCGCGGCGCUGUCCCCCUGGGGCGACAACAACCCCGUCACGCUGCCAAACGUGCGGUACCGCGACGCAGUGCUCUUCACCGUCUUCGCGGGCGUGGGCGCGCCGCUGAUCGAGGGCGCAGACUCGCUCGUCAGCGACCUCUUUGGCGCAGACAGCUUCGUGUCCGACGUCGUGUCCUCGGGCGCGGGCUUCGUGACGGGCAGCACCGUCGUCAAGUACGGCGUGUUUCAGAUUGUGGAGCAGGCCAUUGACAAGGGCGUCGUCGAGCAUCUGCUGCCGGAGGAGGAGCGCAUGAUUCAGACGGUCAGUGUCAAGAGCUUGCAGGUCGGCAUCAAGCAUAAGCUCAUGGGCGUGGACGCGGAUAUCCGGUUCCAUGGCGUGCGGGCGACGCAGAGCACGCAGGCGUGCGAGAAGGGCUGGUUUGCACCGUAUUUCUUUGCGAGCAGUCGCACGCCCGUCAUCCCGCGCGCAAACGACUUUGCGAUCGGGCAGUUCUUUGGGCCGUUUCUGGGCGCGGACUACGCAAUGGCGCACAAACUGCUCGCCGAAGCACCGCACGCCCUCGCCAUGUGCGACCCCGACCCCAGCCACGACAUCGGCACAAACCGCCUCCUCUGCAUCUUCACGGCCAUCUCGCCGUUCCGCGCAAACAUGUGGUCCACCUCGCGGCGCCCGGGCUGCGGCACGCUCAUCUUCCACCUCUUCGACGGCUGCCCGGCGCUUGUCGUCCCCGUGACGCAGAAGUGCCCCGUCGUGGCAUGGUCGCCGUGGACGCUGUCGCAGAUGCGCGGUGGGGGUGCGGGUGGCGGUGCCGGGUGGGCGGCCGAGCGGCACCAUGGGGAGAUGUGCGAGUGGCUUGAUGGGGUGGUGAUUUGGUGCUGAAUGGGGCGUUGGGGCUGGAGAAGGUGGCGGAUAAGACGGUGUUGGGGAAGGUGGAUGCGGAGAGGGCGGGCGUGGUGUUUUUUCGGUAUUGAGGCUUGCGUUGAGGGGUGUUGGAUACUACCUGCGUGUAUGGCGAAUAUUGUAUGGUAUGGUAUGGUAUGGCAUUUACGAGUCGUCAAGAGUCUACGCAC